AAAAAAAAAGAAAGCUUAGUGAAGUUCCCUCACAGGAAGAGAAGUAAUUUUAAAAGGAUUCCAAAUAAAAUACAUAGGAUGGACUCAAAGAAAUUGGCCCUAUCUUGUCAAUGCCUUUUUUAACAUUUCAUGAUGCCCAGAGUGAAGAAAUGUCCAACAGCAGCUCCAUCAGCCACUUCCUCCUGCUGGCACUGGCAGAGACGCGGCAGCUGCAGCUCCUGCACUUCUGCCUCUUGCUGGGCAUCUCCCUGGCUGCCCUCCUGGGCAAUGGCCUCAUCAUCAGCGCCAGAGCCUGCGGCCACCACCUGCACACGCCCAUGUUCUUCUUCCUGCUCAACCUGGCCCUCAGCGACCUGGGCUCCAUCUGCACCACUGUCCCCAAAGCCAUGCACAAUUCCCUCUGGGACACCAGCACCAUCUCCUACACAGGAUGUGCUGUUCAGCACUUUUACAUUAUGUUCUUCAUCUCAGCAGAGCUUUCCCUCCUGACCAUCAUGUGCUACGACCGCUAUGUGUCCAUCUGCAAACCCCUGCACUACGGGACCCUCCUGGGCAGCAGAGCUUGUGCCCACAUGGCAGCAGCUGCCUGGGCCAGUGCCUUUCUCAAUGCUCUGCUGCACACGGCCAAUACAUUUUCCCUGCCCCUGUGCCAUGGCAAUGCCCUGGGCCAGUUCUUCUGUGAAAUCCCCCAGAUCCUCAAGCUCUCCUGCUCCAAAUCCUAUCUCAUGGAACUUGGGCUCAUUGCUGUUAGUGCCUGUUUAUCAUUUGGUUGUUUUGUGUUCAUUGUUUUCUCCUAUGUGCAGAUCUUCAGGGCCAUGCUGAGGAUUCCCUCUGAGCAGGGACGACACAAAGCCUUUUCCACCUGCCUCCCUCACCUGGCUGUGGUCUCCCUGUUUAUCAGCACUGGUUUAUUUGCCUACCUGAAGCAAAGUCUGGAGACUGAUGACUGGAUGCUUUCAGAAACAUUAAACUGCUGACCAUUUUCUGCAAAUCACUUGUAAUAAAACUCAGCUUUGAUACUUCUUGUUGGUUUCAUUUUGGAAGUUCUUUUUCCUUUGUUUUAGGUUUUUCAGAUUGUCCACAAAGAAAUACCAUUGUUUGUGCCAUUUCUCAUUUUGUUUGCCUCCACCUUCCCUGUGGCCACAGACUGUGUCAAUGAGGGGCUGCGCUCUCGGUAGCUUUAAAGGAACUCAAGGAUCUCCCAGCAGAGUUUUCUGCAGAGAUGCCCUUUUGUUGCCUUUUCUGGAGCUGCAGCAGCAAUGUCUGUGUGCAGAGCUGGGGGCAGAUCAGUGCUGGCACAGCAGCUCUGCUCCUGCUGGCCACACAAUUCCUGAUCCAGGCCAGGAGCCAUUGGCCUUCUUGGCCACCUGGGCACACGGCUGGCUCAUGUCCAGCCUGCUGUCCAUCAGUCCCUGCAGGUCCCUUUCUGCCUGGCUGCUCUCCAGCCCCUCUGUCCCCAGCCUGGAGCGCUGCAGGGCUUGUUGUGGCCAAAGUGCAGGACCCGGCACUUGGACUUGUUAAACCUCACCUUGUUGGAUUUGGGCCCUGGAUCCAGCCUGUCCAGGUCCCU